UCGACUGCGGAGCCGGAUGCGGGCGGUGCCGCAGCCGCCGAGGCCCUAGGGAUGGGCGGAGCCCCGGCCGCUGGUGCUGGUGGCAGCGGCCGGUGCUUGAGCGGGAGAGCAGGCAGCUGUCUCUGGUGCCGCGCGUCAUUGCUUCGCUGGGCGGCGGGAUGCUGGGGAAAGCGGGAGUUGGCGGGGGCGGCGGCACUAAGGCGCCCAAGCCCUCCUUCGUGUCGUACGUGCGCCCUGAGGAAAUUCACACAAAUGAAAAGGAAGUAACAGAGAAGGAAGUCGCUCUUCACUUGUUGCCAGGUGAACAGCUGCUUUGUGAAGCCAACACAGUCCUGAAGUAUGUGCAGGAAGAUUCCUGUCAGCGUGGAGUCUAUGGGAGACUUGUCUGCACCGACUUCAAGAUUGCCUUCUUGAGUGAUGAUGAAUCUACUUUGGAUAAUGACGAAACUCAGUUUAAGAAUAAAGUGGUAGGAGAAAAUGACAUUACACUCCACUGUGUGGAUCAGAUUUAUGGAGUAUUUGAUGAGAAAAAAAAAACUCUGUUUGGACAACUGAAGAAGUACCCUGAGAAACUUAUUAUCCACUGCAAAGAUCUCCGAGUGUUCCACUUUUGUUUGAGGUACACAAAGGAAGAGGAAGUCAAAAGGAUUGUCAGUGGCAUAAUUCAUCAUACCCAGGCUCCUAAACUGCUUAAAAGAUUAUUUCUAUUUUCCUAUGCAACUGCUGCACAAAACAAUGCAGCCACUGAGUCCAGGAACCAUACAGUAAUGUUUGACACACCUGAAGACUGGUGUUGGGAAUUGGAGCGGACCAAAGGCAGCAUGAAGUACAAAGCUGUGAGUGUUAAUGAAGACUACAAAAUCAGUGACAGAUUGCCAGCAUACUUUGUUGUCCCCACCCCUCUUCCUGAAGAGGAUGUGCAGCGCUUUCAGGGCCACGGCAUACCAAUUUGGUGUUGGUCCUACCACAAUGGAAGUGCCCUUUUGAAAAUGUCAGCACUACCCAAAGAACAGGAUGAUGGUGUUUUGCAAAUCCAGAAGAACUUCUUGGAUGGAAUCUACAAGAUCAUCCACAGGCCACCCUAUGAAAUUGUUAAAACUGAAGAUUUAUCAUGUAACUUCCUAUCCCUGCAGGAAAUCCAGAGUGCAUACUGUAAAUUUAAGCAGCUGUUUCUGAUAGAUAAUAGUUCGGAGUUUUGGGACACAGAUAUAAAAUGGUUUUCUCUUUUAGAAAGCAGCAGCUGGCUUGAUAUAAUCAGACGUUGCCUGAAAAAAGCAAUAGAGAUUACAGCAUGCAUGGACGCACAGAACAUGAACAUCCUCCUUUUAGAGGAGAAUGCCUCCGACCUCUGCUGCCUUCUCUCCUCUCUGGUGCAAGUGAUGAUGGACCCCCACUGUCGCACCAGGACUGGUUUUCAGAGCCUCAUCCAAAAGGAGUGGGUCAUGGGUGGCCACUGUUUCUUGGAUCGCUGUAACCAUCUCCGCCAAAGUGACAAAGAGGAGGUUCCUGUGUUCCUGCUUUUCUUAGAUUGUGUCUGGCAGCUGGUGCAGCAGCAUCCCCCAGCAUUUGAGUUCACAGAGACUUACCUGACUGUUUUGUCAGAUAGCCUAUAUAUCCCUAUUUUUAGCACCUUCUUUUUCAAUUCGCCUCAUCAAAAAGAUACGAACAUGGGUAAAGAAAGCCUGUAUAUACAAAGCAAGCCAUUGACUCUGCUCACUGUGUGGGAUUGGUCUGUACAGUUUGAACCCAAAGCCCAGACAUUGCUCAGAAACCCUCUUUAUGUGGAAAAGCCAAAACUGGACAAAGGCCAGAGGAAAGGAACACGUUUAAAACAUCAACGACAACUUUCCUUGCCACUUACUCAGUCUAAGUCAUCUCCCAAAAGAGGAUUUUUCAGGGAAGAAACAGACCAUUUGAUUAAAAACCUUCUAGGCAAGAGAAUUAGUAAACUUAUUAACUCUUCUGACGAGCUUCAGGACAACUCUCGAGAGUUCUAUGACAACUGGCAUAGUAAGCCUGCUGACUACCAUGGUUUGUUGUUGCCUCACAUAGAGGGACCAGAAAUCAAGGUCUGGGCCCAGCGCUACUUGCGUUGGAUUCCAGAAGCCCAAAUCCUGGGUGGUGGCAGAGUAGCCACGAUGAGUAAACUCUUGGAAAUGAUGGAAGAAGUGCAGAACUUACAGGAGAAAAUCAAUGAGAGGCACCAUAGCCCAGAGGCUGCCCGUGCAGAGGCCCCCUACCUGCUGAGGAACUCUGCCUCUGCCCGCCUCUCCUCCUUGUUUCCUUUUGCUCUGCUCCAGCGACAUUCGUCCAAGCCAGUCUUGCCCACCAGUGGCUGGAAAGCUUUGGGAGAUGAAGAUGACCUGGCCAAGCGAGAAGAUGAGUUUGUGGAUCUAGGGGAUGUGUGACAUGUCUCCUCAGUGACUGUGGAAAAGGCGUUCUGGAAGCUGGGACAGCUGUUCCCUGGACUGAUCCUGCUCAUCCUGGGAGGGUCAGUAGCCCAGUGCUCUGCAGAGAAAACCUAGGCCUUCAGGAA